UUUUCUGGACACGUUCUGGUUACUAAAGAUGGUGAGAAGGUGGAUCCCGAGGAAGCUUUGCAGAAUAAAAUAGUUGGCUUGUUUUUCUCAGCGGCCUGGUGUUCGCCCUGCAGGGAUUUCACCCCUGUGUUGUGUGACUUCUAUAGCGAGCUGGUGGAAGAGGCUGACCCUCCUGCACAGUUUGAAAUUGUAUUCAUCUCUUCAGAUAAGAGUGCAGAAGAUAUGGUGGAUUACAUGCAUGACAUUGCAUGGAGAAUGGCUGGCAGUACCCUGGCACAAUCCAUACAGACAGUAAGUUUCCUGGCUCCAGGAUAG